AAGCAUAAUAAUUUUUUUAAAAAUAAAGUGUCUGCGUUUGCUCUACCAAUCACAUGUCACCUAACACUUAUGCCACCCAAUAGCUAUUCGCCACCUGGAGUAUAUACGAAUUCAAAUCCCACAUUUCUGUAAUACAAAUUUCCCAAAAACACAAUCAUCAUUUCCGGUGCAGCGGCAGUUAAAAGAGAAAACCAACGGCAAACACCGAAGUGUACCGUCGAUUCCCUAUCGCCGGUGUGUGAUCGUCGGAGAGUCGCCGGUGAAUAUACACGUGGCAGGCGGAUCAAAGUGGUACCACCGACGAUAUUAAGCUCAAUGGAGUCUCACGGCGCCGGGAUCCGCCGUGUUAUGGUCCUCGCCUUUUGUGUCGCCGGCAUUUGGUCUGCUUAUAUUUACCAAGGCGUUCUUCAAGAGACUGUGUCAACAAAGCGUUUUGGCCCGAACAAGGAAAGGUUUGAACACUUGGCAUUCCUAAACCUGGCACAAAAUGUAGUAUGUCUGAUAUGGUCAUUUAUGAUGAUAAUGAUUUGGUCUAACGGAAACAGUGGUGGUGCUCCCUGGUGGAGUUACUGGAGUGCUGGCAUUACAAAUACUAUUGGACCAGCAAUGGGGAUUGAAGCGCUAAAGUAUAUUAGUUAUCCUGCACAGGUCCUGGCAAAAUCAUCAAAAAUGAUUCCUGUAAUGCUCAUGGGCACAAUAGUUUAUGGCAUAAGAUAUACAGUUCCAGAGUAUGUGUGCACACUGCUUGUUGCUGGUGGAGUAUCAAUGUUUGCACUUCUAAAGACUAGCUCGAAAACCAUAAGUAAGUUGGCGCACCCCAAUGCUCCAGUUGGAUAUGGGCUGUGCUUCCUGAACCUCACCUUUGAUGGUUUCACCAAUGCUACUCAGGAUUCGAUUAAAGCACGGUACCCUAAGACAUCUGCUUGGGAUAUUAUGUUAGGAAUGAAUUUAUGGGGUACCAUUUACAAUAUGAUCUUCAUGUUUGGCUGGCCAAAUGCCAGCGGGUUUGAUGCGGUUCAAUUCUGUAAGCAGCAUCCAGAGGCAGCAUGGGACAUUCUUGUGUACUGUCUAUGCGGCGCUGUUGGCCAGAACUUCAUUUUUCUAACCAUUAGCCGAUUUGGUUCUCUGACUAACACAACCAUCACCACAACGCGCAAAUUUGUUAGCAUAGUUGUGUCAUCCGUGUUAAGUGGCAACCCAUUGUCCACUAAGCAAUGGGCAAGCGUCAUCAUGGUGUUCUCAGGAUUGUCAUACCAGAUAUAUUUGAAGUGGAGGAAGUUACAGAGGAUGCCAAAGAAGAAGAAGUCCACUUAACAUAUUAAAGUAUAAUUUUGUAAGUGAUGUAGACGGAGGUUACGGGUUCAAGCCUUAAAAACAAUCUCGGAUAGAAAUGCAAGGUAAAACUGCGUACAAUAGACCCUUGUGGUCAGGUCCUUCACCGGACUCCGCGCAUAGCAAGAGUUUUAGUGCAUUGGGCUGCCCUUUUUAUUGACGUUAUGUCCAGCAACUUCUUUUUCUUCUUUUCUUGUUCUUUUAGUCCUUUUAGAAUAUGUAUAUCAGCAGAAUAUGUCAGAUAAUCAUGUACUUCCUUUCCACUUUUGAUAGUCUCUCACUGUUGAACAAGAGUCAGAACAAAUUUCAGACAGCAUCUCUGGUUAAACAAGGCAAAAUCUGCUCCGAUUUAUUAACACAGCACCUGAAAUACAAUUGUGUGCUGAAGCUGUUGCCUGCUAGUCACACCAGACCAAGAGAAGACAAACUAAUCAAUCAAGACUCAGUCAUGACCUUUGAACCUCAUGGCCACUUUCUUUCCUAGAGUUUGCAACCAUUAUCUUCACUUUUCAGAUAUAGCAACAUUAUUUUGUAGAGGGGGAUGUGCCAUAUCUUUACAGAACAUAACAGCUUGAGGUACUUUGAUGACACAGAUGGAGAUAUUCAGAAAACAGGUUCUUUCAAUUUUGCAUCUUCGGAUUGAAAAAAAUUUAAAAUAUUAUAUGCAUCUUUUGAUUGGAAAGUACUCGACUCCAAUGUAGUCAGCAAACAUUUCAUAUCUAGUUUGUGAACUUUCCAGAAAACAGUUGGUCUCACCAUUUCAAGAUUGAAUACAUUUAAACUUCACUGGUCA